CGUAAGACUAAAAUCAUUACGGCCCUGUGCGUUGGCUGAAAACAUGAAACCCACACAAAAUUGAAGUUAGAAAUCGGGACUCGAAAUCGCCAAAAUGUCCAGCGAUCAGGUGAAUUCCCAAACGGAAAUGGAAACGGAAGCGCGAGCGCGAGCGGAGGUGGAAGUGGAGGUCGAACCAGAAGUGCUCUCGAGAGCCAGUGUGGCCAGCUCCGUAGAAGAGACGGCACCCAGCACCAGUCACAGUGCAUCGGGAAAAUCCACCGAGGCACCACUUACUGGUUGUGUGGUGCGAAUUAAGAGCGAACUGCAGGACAUUCGGAAAAAUCCGCCACCGAAUUGCACCGCCGAUUUGCAUCACGGGGAUCUUCUUCACUGGACGGCAGGUGUGAACGGGCCAGUUGGCUCCGUAUACGAAGGCGGUCACUUCCGGCUGGAUAUACGAUUUCCGGCCAGCUAUCCAUUCCGGGCGCCACGCAUUCGGUUCACCACCCGAAUAUACCACUGCAACGUGGACAGUCGCGGCGCCAUUUGCCUGGAUGUCCUCGGCGAACGAUGGUCCCCAGUGAUGAAUGUGGCCAAGGUUCUACUUUCCAUUUACGUGCUGAUGAGUGAGUGCAAUCCAGAUGAUCCGCUAGUCAUGUGCAUUGCCGAUCAGUACAAAACCAAUCGCAGGGAGCACGACAAAAUUGCUAGACACUGGACCAAGCUGUUUGCGAUGACCAAGGCGCAGGAUAAGAACAGAGAAAAGGAUGCGGAUCAGGGUAAUGAGCAAAAUCAGGAAGAAAAUCCAAUGCCAGGUCAGCAAGGAAAUUAACAGUGUAACCAGAGUAACCAAUCAAAUGUAACCUAAUAACCUUAAAUACCAUUAUAAAAUAAACAAAAACAAUCGCAUUAUG